AUGCUGGAAUUCUCCGGGCUGCUGCGGAGUGCCCUCGUUAUCUGCAUCGCAGCGGUGCUCUUCAGCCUCAGUGCUGCACAGACCGAUGUCGUCACUCCCUGGGUAGACGUCUGUACAUCAGAGGACUUCUCAGCAGAGGACCGUGAAGAGCUGUGCCCCGCAACCUUUGUGGUGUCGACGCUGGCCUACAACCCGCUUUAUCCAGGGAGCCUUGCCAACAUCACGAUCAUACUGCAACCUUCCAGAGAUCUGCCGAGCAGCAUCCAGCGGACGCAGUACAUCGAUUUCAACCUUGUUGGCUUCGAAGCCGUCGGAACGCAGAAUACUGCGAACGCCCUGAUUCGAGACCUGGAGAUCACUUCUGGCAACACGGUGCCUUUGGGAGUGGAUCCGCUGUUUGGCUACAACACGCAACAGAAUCCGCUCUUUACCACCCCCGCGCUGUACAAUCUCAACUCGAGGCUCCUGAGACUAACAGUGCGGACUGGGCAAUCGUUGCUGGCCGGCACCGACACUGAGGUGACAAUUUGCUGCAUGAGGCUUCCCACAUCCUCUCCGCAGGAUUUUUCCGGCUAUACGAUCUCGGGCCCGACGUCUUUAGAUACAUUGACUUCUAUCAACGAGGAGCCGAUCCUGAACUCGCCGGAAAUCGACCCUGGCCUUCAGUGGGACUUCCUCCGUGUUGCAUUUGCUCCACCAGUUUCCUCUUCCCUCACCAUCAUUCACCUCACCAUUCGGCCUGCCAACCCGCUGACCGAUCGUGCUCGCAUCAUUCUGUCUAUGCCCCUCGUGCAGCGAGAGAACAAUGUGAGCGGCGAGGUGAAUUUCAACACAGCAAACAGCCUGGAUGGGGCUGAUUGGAUGUUCUUCGAAAGCAGGGCGCUGUGGGACGCAAUGGAGGGGAAACUGACCUUCUUCCUCAGAGAGGGCAGGGUGCUCGACCGUCAGGUCACAUUGUCAACAGAGCCCGAUGAGUUUCGGCUUCCAAUCGAACUCGAAGCUGACAGUCCCACGCUCGAGGUCUCUGCGAGAUCCUUCGAUAACAUCGAUGAGGUGGUGCGGGAGACCCCUGUCACUCAAUCAAGCGCGGUGCCCCACGUGCGCAACUUCACCUUUACCCGGCUUAUGUACAGCAACAACAUGCCCAACCAAAUGAGCAGCGUCAUGUUCCACUUCUCUACCAACAGGCCUCUCUUUGCUGGAUCAGUUGUUUAUCUGCGCCUCUCGGGCUUCACCUCACAGCGCGUGCAGGUGCCCCUGAAAGGGACCACAAAGGCGAACUUCAGGGACGAGAGCGCAGUUUUCAACAUCCCGGAGAACGAAAUAGAGCUCCAUGUAGUCAGGACCCUGUACUCGGAUGAGUAUGUGGUGCAGGUCGAGCUGACAGAAUUGAUUCUCCCACCAGCCCUCUAUGCGAACGACACUUCACUGCUUGUCUGGAAUUCAGAUCCAGGGGCUCCGCGGCAGCCCGUGGACGAUUCCCCAAUGGUGGGCAUGGGGGACAAGACUUUCAGACGAUCCCAGCUGGCUUUCGACCCGGCAGAGCCCAGGUUGGCUGCAAACGUCAGCUUCACCCUGGAGCCGACCAUCGUCUUCUACCAAGGUGACAGCAUCGUCAUUCACAUGUACGGAUUUGCGUGCACCUUGACCUCGAUCCCGCUCCUGGGUGCCGAUGCUUUUCGAAUUGAGAACCAGGCGGCCUCGUGGACUCAGGAGGACAGUAUGCUGGUGUUUACUGUGGCGGAGAAUGAGAUUAUCAGCAACGCCAUGCCUUUCAGAGUGUCCAUCGGCCGGGACAGCGUUUUCCGCCUGCCGGACAAGCUCAGUGAGAAUGACGGCAUCCUGCGUAUCGAAGGCAAGGGUGCCCUGAUAGAUCUCGAGCCCAUCAAAAAGAUCCCGAAAGUCGGAACGGAUAAGUUCGUCAUCGAAUCCAUCGUCGAGUUCGAGCCGGAGGACGCGUCAGUCAAUGCUUUCACGAGAAUCAGCUUCUCGCUAGUUUUGAACACAGACGUCCUCCCGAAUUCGACAAUGUACAUCAAGCUGGGUGGGCUUGUCCGAGAUCCUGGGCGGACGAACUUGAUCGGUGUUCAGGGAGCUGCGCGCUCUGGCACAGUGAAGAUCUCCGGAGCUAACGGGCCGCUGUUCCGAAACGAGGAAGGCUACUGGGACCAGGACCAGGUCCUAUUGACGGUGCAGAUGGUCUCCACAGUGCAGAUAUUUGCGGGAGAGCGUGUUCGCUUCUUCAUCGAGCGCGAUCAGGACUUCAAGCUGCCGUACUCGGCAUAUCAGAGCGAUCCGUCUUUUCGAUUGGCGGUGCCAGAGGCUGGUAUUCCGGAGCGACCAUUUCAGUUCUCCACCCGGGUGAGCCAAGAAGGCAAGCUUUUCAUCGUGUCAGAGAUCUACUACGGGUCUCGAGGAGCGGUGGCAUACCCAAACACCGUGGUGGAAUUCAACUUCUGGUUCCGGCCAAAUGUCAACCUUCCUGCUGGGACCACGGUGCGGUUGAAGCUUCCUGGCUUCACCUGCCCCUUUACGGACGUCCCGAUCGGAACGCAGGAGGUGCCCGUGUCGAACGCUUAUGACCUGAGUGACUUCAUCCGCACCGGCAUUUGGGAUCAGAUGGCAGAGAUCUUCGACCUCGUGGUGCCCAUCGGACAGCAGAUCUAUCGCCAGCAGCCAACGGUCUUGCGGAUCAUGGAGUCCAGUGGCUUCCGACUGCCGGCCACGCCACUUCUGCCGAACGAUCCAUCUCUCACAAUUCAAGCAAUUGGGAAUGUGGUGAUCUUCGAGGAGCCCAUCAAGACGUCUCCUCGGGUGGUCGAUCGAUCUUUCAUGGUGUCAGAGUUCAUUUAUGCGCCGCCGCAGCAAGACAGUAUCUUUCAGCUGAAGAUGAUCCUGCAGCCGACGGUGAACAUCACCGAGGACAACGACAUCAUCAUCUUCUUGCAUCUACAACGGAGAGUGAUAGCAGAGCCGAACGAAGUUUCAAACAAGCGCAUCAUUGCAGAUUGCAAGAUCGACUUCGUAAGGGGCUUCGUGCUCGCAAUGCUUCGGCCAGGAGGGCCCCGAUCCCGUUGGACUCGAUGGCUCAGAAUUCUGGCCCUUUGCGGCAUGACCUUUCAAAUGAGAGGCUUUGUCCUGGGAGCUUUGAGCCCGCGUGCUGCGAGAUCGGUCCGGCUGCAGGCAGCGGGGGACAGUGACAAAAACUUUAACAAGCAGAAGUUCUUGCGGCGGCCAGAAUUUGAUCCGCUCUCUUUGCAAGAUUUUCGACGUGAAGCCUUACUUCAGUAUUCGAACACAAACCAGUCGGAACCCUUGCGUAUCCUGAUUUUCCUGUUCCUGACUAUAUGCGGCUUGUUCUCACCGACCUUCUUCCCAUCGAAUGCUGGACCACCAUUCUUUGUGGCAGCCGCAACGAUAACACUGGCGUCGGGCUUCCUGUUCCUGCGCGAGCGAGGCAAGCGAACCGCGCAGUUGGUACGACUGGAGCGCGAAUAUUCCAUUGGGGACCUCUCUGUGGAGCUGUCAGAUCCCGUUUCCGGCAGGUCGGAGAGCAAGGAGCUCCAGGCUCUCCGGGACCAGUACCGGCUGGUGGCCCUCUUCGGGAGUUUCGACCAGCUUGUGGAAGCACUGAGAGCAGCGCUGCCCUACAGGAGGCGUUUCGAGCAGAGCCGCGUCCUGGUCCUCGCUGUGUCCGCGACCUUGGAGGACUCGGACAAGGUGGCUUUUGCGGCCUUCGGCUCCGAGGCUUUGCUGCGGCAGGCUGGGCCGUGGCUGGCAAAGGCAAGGCAGCUACGACGCUGGAGGAGCUAUUUCGAGGCCCUGGCUGAAGACAAGAGCAGCUCUGGAGACUGCCUCUGGGUGGGGCUGAACUUCCGUGGCCGGGUGUUUGGAAGUGACUUCGGCUGUCCCAUCUGGGACGAGGUGCUGGCCGCCAUGCCGCCGAUCAAGCGCCUCAGCUCCUUGGAGGAGCGCUACGCCAUGGCCGACGCCACGGGCGCCCUGGAAGCCCAAGAGGAGUUUUACCGGGCACUCUGCGAAGGGGACGUCCAAGCUAUGGCAGCAAUCUUUGACGAGAAAGACGACGCGGAGCUCAGCAACGCCAUCCAAGUCGAUGGCAAGACAGGGAGCACGAACCUGAGCCUCUGGGAGGUGGUCCUGGCGCCAGAGAACCGGCCGGAGCUGAGAACGGCGAGUUCAGACUGCGUGAGUUUGUCAAAGACAAGCUCCAUCACCACCUGCAUCGAAUUUCCGGUUCUCGGCCCAACACUCCUGGCAACUCAAACGUGGACUCGCAGCGAUGCCUCCGCACCAUGGCGCCUGCAGAGCCAUCGCAGCAUCCCUUAUGCGAUGCAGAUCGAGGCACGCGUCGCACUGCGCUGCGACCACAGGGGAUGCAUUGCUUUUGGCAAGCAGCUGGAUGCGAUGCGAUAG